CUCCCGGGACACUCGUGACAGUGACGUCACGGACAGGCCAAACAGGAAGAGAGAAGGACAGAGAGAGAAACCGAUCCAGGGAGAGACACGAAAGAGCAGCCAUGGAUUUCUUGUUCGGACGCCGGAAGACCCCGGAGGAGAUGCUGCGGCAGAAUCAGCGGGCCCUGACCCGCGCCAUCAGGGAGCUCGACCGCGAGCGACAGAAACUCGAGCAGCAGGAGAAGAAAGUGAUUGCGGAUAUUAAGAAAAUGGCCAAACAGGGACAGAUGGACGCUGUAAAGAUCAUGGCCAAGGACCUGGUCCGUACCCGGCGCUACGUCAAGAAGUUCAUAAUGAUGAGAGCCAACAUCCAGGCCGUGUCCCUGAAGAUCCAGACAUUGAAGUCUAAUAACACCAUGGCCCAGGCGAUGAAAGGGGUGACUAAGGCCAUGGCCACCAUGAACAGACAGCUGAAAUUGCCCCAAAUCCAGAAGAUUAUGAUGGAGUUUGAGAAGCAGGCAGAGAUUAUGGACAUGAAGGAGGAGAUGAUGAAUGACGCCAUCGAUGACGCAAUGGGGGACGAGGAUGACGAGGAAGAAACGGACGCCGUUGUGUCUCAGGUAUUGGAUGAAUUGGGCCUCAAUCUUACAGACGAGCUCUCCGGCCUACCAAGCACGGGAGGAUCCCUCAGCACGGCCACAGGGAAGAAAGCGGAGCCCACGGCCGCCCUGGCCGACGCAGACGCAGACCUGGAAGAGCGACUGAACAAUCUGCGAAGGGACUGACGUGUCAAUCGAUGCAUUACACGGACUCUUAUCUAUAUGUAUUGUUUUCUGUUAUGAGUGAAGGAUGGAGGUGAAUUGGGGGGAACCCGGCAGGGGUUUAAAAAAUGAUGAUUUGCGCAUUAAACGCUGCGGCGUGAAGCCAGGAUUUCCCCGCCCGGAUAGCGGGUGUCAAUCUCCACCCGCAGCUUUUGGCUGGUUCUGAUUCUUCUGUAGCUCGAACACUCCCUUUGCGCACAGGUCGUGUAAGUCCGAGAAGACUGUUCUGUCUGUGUCUCGGUGUCCUAAUUCUGCUUUCAUACUGGGUGACAUAUGUUAUUAUAUAGAAUAUAGGAUCUGUAAAACCAAAGGCUUAAAGAGCACC